GUAUUUGGAAAGGUGUUCGUGGUAGAUCUCGCAAAGGGAAGGGAUCGCUCCUCAAUACCGAUCGAGAUAUGGCGGCUCCUGGCAGCGAGCCUCAGGCCAACGUUCCCGUUAAUGAUUGGGCGGAGACGCAGGAGCCGAGCAUCAUCGUCUCUCUGGACUCCGCAAGGAACGUUUCCGCGCGCACUGGUGGCAGGAGCAUUGACAUCUGUCCGCCGACUGCAGAUCUCGGAAGUAGGCAAACUAUUCCAUGGGGGGAUUCGAUCGCCGGUCACUCGAUUGCGAGUGACUCCGGUCCAGCGGCGACGACGGCGAUCGUGCAAUACGAUGCGGGCAUGGCGGCGCCGCCGCCAUCAUCGCAGCCACGGCUCCUGGGCCAGGUACCGAACUACGGGAACUAUCCACCUCAGCAGUUUCCCCGCGCCCAGGGGCCGUUUCCCCCCACCCAGGGGCCGUUUCCCCCCGCCCAGGCGCAGUUUCCGCCCUCCCAGGCACCGUUUCCUGGCGCCCCCCCGGCGCCGUAUCCGACGGGAGGGGGCGUUCAUGCACCUGUGCCAUCGAAAUCGACACAGACUACUCCUCUGUGGGAAUCUCUCUUGAAUAUCGUUUGCUUCGCCGUUGUCUUGUUGUUAACCAUCAUCGUUGUGGCGUUGCUGGGCGGCGGGAAGGAAGAAGAAAGUUAUUUCGAUACCUUCAAGGUGUACCAGGGUGCAACGUUUCUGCUGUCGAUGUCAGUGAUUGUCUGGCCGUUUGUGAUAGCAAUGCUGGUAUUUGAUAUCAUCUCUGCAGCGCAGAAGUCGAGUUUCUACCACUCCAACACGUAUAUUUUGGUGCCCAUAACUACUAUAUAUGUGGUUCUUUCGUACAUGUACUUCGGGGCCACGUGUGCAGCUCUUCGUGGUGUACAUGAUUUUCGUAGCAUUUUCUCUGAGGCAUAUCCCUUUGCUAAGGAACUGCGUUCCACUCAAAUGUUUUUGGGAGCUUCCAUUCUUGGGCUUUUUGCGUGUGUUGUAUUCAUGUUACCCCUACCUCUUCUUGUGAUUAGAAGUGUAGACAAGCUGAUCUAGGAGAACGAGAAACUGAAGAGAUUCUCCUUUCCGAUCAAUUCUUGCAGAUAUUGGUAUGUAAAAUGUUUUAGUGUCGACGGACCCGCAAACAUUGUGUGAGCUAUCGACCUUAGAACUACUCAGUAUCUAUAAUUACUGCAUGCUGCUUACGCUGCAUAGAGAUGAUAGCAAAUGCUAUUUGGCACGUCGAACAGGCCUCAGCAUUUUUCUUUCCCCAUUCUCAGCCCCUCAGACCACAAGGAGCAUAUUGACGUGCAACACAAUGCGACAGCUUUUCAAUUUUCGUGCUGGAACUGCCGGCCAGGAGCGACUACCAUGUCAAGCACUAGAAGAGUUAUUGCAGCCAAUCUGCUCUGGGAAUGUAUGUACAGUUGGAUAUUAUCCGAAGCCCACAUGAUUUUUGGGAACCUUUUAAAGUUCCUUUUAUGCUCUUCAUUCGACUUAUGUCCCUGCCAUAUUUUGUUUUUGGUCAUAUUCUGUUUUUAGUCAUCCUGAGGAUUCAAAUGUGAUGCCAACCUUUGGGGUUGGUGAUUGAUUACCAGCUGCCUCCGGACAGGUACUACUAGGUGGUCAGUAUGGAUCUUGGUCCUAUUUGGAAACUUAUCAGUGACAGGUGAUUGGAUCGACGGGAAGCAGCAAAGCACACUGCUAGCUUUCACUCUCAGGUGAUGGAUGAAUGCCUGCAAUGGAGCAGAGACGCGAGUUCGGAGGCUGCUGCUACUCGUUUCCGGUGGCCAAAACAAGAAGGGAGGGGAGGUCAGCUUCAUAUGGGUACCUUUCUAAUUGCCCUUUCAGGCCUUAACGACCAGAACGGAAUCAACUCUGCGAACUCAAGUUUUGGCUUCGGCACAUGAACUCACAUCAGACACACUGCUUGCUUACACUCUCAAGUGAUGGAUGAAUGCCUGCAAUGGAGCAGAGACGCGAGUUCGGAAACUGCUGGUAGUCGUUCCGGGCGGCUGGCUUCGGCAUAUGAACUCGCAUAACAUAGGUUGCAAAAAGGAGCUCAAUCAAUUGGGGUGGGUGUUUGUUACGCUGGUCCCUAGCAUUUAAGAGAGUGACAAGUUCCUUUGCCUAUAAUCUAUUAAACCGCCUGUACUUCCUAAAGUCGUGCUCUUUAACAAGCCACAAUUUUAGGAAACGUACGGGCCACUACAAGAGCGCCCAAAUUCAUCCGACUAGAAACGUUUCUACUCUAUUUUUUUUCCGCGGCCGAUAGCUGGGCCAAGUACUGGUGGUUUACGUCUCCCCUUUACUUCUGGGAUUAUAUUAUUUUUUGUGCUUUGCAUUUUAAAUUAUUACUCUAUGACUUGAAGGCAGACGAGUGACUGCACUGAUGGCCCUCAAGAGGGAAGGGGCCCUUUUGGUAGAAAGAAGAAAGCAAAACGAUGAGGAAACCAAUGGCUAGCGGCAUGGAGUUGGGACAUGAGUGGGCAAACUGGUUCUGUAUGGAACUACUGGAAGUUCCCAAGGACCUGGGCACUCUGUACUAUGUCUCUUCCUGAGAGCAUAUACUCACGCCACAGGUUGUAUCACGUACCACCCUUUUCCAUAGAGCCUCCCACACAAGGACUUUCUUGACCAAGCCUGACUAUUAAUCAUGGCUUUGCUCAAAUAAUGGCAAGUAUACUUCAGAGCGUGCAAACUCGGCGCAGAAAUAUGAUCUGCAGCCUGCUGUAGAAUGAUAACUAUGUUGUAACACUGUCAGCCGCUAAGUUGGCUCAGAUGUAAUACCAGAGUGGCCCCCGACCCAAAUACAUUAAGGAAAGUACAAAGGGUAGUACGCUAUAAGCAUAUGUCAUUGAAUGAUCAGUAGUUUGUUUGGUGUUUUUCUUCUUUCCCUCUCUCAAAGAGGAUACAACCCCUGUUUUGUUCUGGAGGGGGGAAUCCGAUCCAGUCCGGUUAAUUAUCCCCGGCAAGCAUAGAGAAAUAAUGAUCAGUAGUUUGGUUACUUUGUUGAUGAUAAGUCAACCCUCUGGAGCGACAGUCGCUCUAUUUUAUUGAGCAAAGCCAACAUUUCACAAUGUCAGUGAUAGCAGUGGAAUGAAAAAGCCUGCAGCUC